AUGCAAAAAAGCCUUAAAGUAGCUGGUCAUAGUCAUGAAAUCUGGCCGGCUUUCUGCUGCUCCGACCGCCAAAAAUCUCUAUUGGUGCGACUAGCAAAUAGCCGCGGUGUCUGCGAUUUUGUUUCCUCCGGUUUCCUACUUGAUGCACUGUUGGCCAGCCUCUCGCAUUGGCUUGCCUCUCAUUGCGAUCGUCACGAUUGCCCUGCUUUGGCAUCACGCCACUCUACUACUCAGUUAGGGGACAUCGAAUCUGACGAACUUCCGGGACUUUCCUCGAUGCGACUUGCCGAGCUUCUCCAGCUUAUGCUGGCUGGACGCCGACUGGCUGAUCAACGCGUGGAUGGAAAAGGUUGGCUGCUCAUUCGGAGCUGUAUAUUUCUAUUUCAGGGCUUUUACUAUUUUAAUAGAACAAAAUAA